AUGGCAGACCCCAAGCUCAUCCCGACGCUUGACACUACGUUCAAUCUCCUCGAUCGGUUUGUCAGCUCCCUCAACUCCCUCCCUCCAGAUGGCACCACUCCGCCGCCCGACAGUCCCUCUCCACUCCCCCUCGUAUCCACCUGUGCCGCAACCCUCCGAGCGCAAACAACCAAGCUCUCCCUCCUGAUAAUCACACCCCCUUUCACCCCCACAGCCAUCUCCGGCAUCCUCAGUUCCCUCAAUGACGCCGUCCUCCCAAGUCUCCUGACUGCAGCACUCCUCCUGACACCCUCCACCGUUACAAAAGCAUACUCCUUGGAAACAGUCUCCCUGACAAAAGCAACGCUCCGAGAUCUCCGAGACCUGGCUCGUCUCGUAGAAGCACGUUCCAAAGAUGGGAAACCAAAAGCAGAACCAACAUCGCAGCUGAAGAACGACGUAACGGCAGCAACCGGCAAGAUAUGGGAUGAUUGCGACGAGCUGAAGAAGCUAGCAGAUGAUGGCAUCGCCGGGUUCGUGGUAAAGAAGGCGGAGCAAUAUCUAGACUUGAUCAAAGAUGCCGUCAAGGAGAUAGAGGAAUGGGAUCCAGAGGAGGACGAGGACGAGGACGAGCAUGGAUUCUUCAACGACGAGCAAGAUACUCCGCCUUCCCUCCCCAAAGAUCCCCAGGAAAUGUCACCCAUCUCAACCCCAUCCUCCCAGCCCACUCAAGACCUCCACAACCUCAGAUCCGCCGUCCUCAAAAUCCUAACCCGCAUCCCCCAAUCCCUGCACGUAGUGAUCGCCCAACGCCUGAAAAAGGGUCUCCCUCCCUCCUCCUCCUCCUCCUCCUCCUCCUCACCCCACCCUAUCAAUCCAAACCACCUCCUCACCCUCGACACCCUCCUAUCCCGAAUCUCCCAAACCUCCACCUGCAUCGACGACGUCGCAGAACGACUCUACACGCACGACGCGCUCGGCGCGAUGCUGACAACGGAGAAGGCGAGGGCGUACGUGGUCGAGAUGGUGGAGAGUGUGCGUCGGGGCUGGGACGUCAAGCCGACACGCGCAUCGGUCGCUGAUGCAGAUGGAGCGAGGGCUGAAGAAGGAGGAGGAGGAGGAGGAGGAAGAGAAGAGACAAAAGAAGACAGAUACAUAGAACGAGCGCUCGAGUGGAUCAAGAGCGUGGGUACCACUCUACCGCAGCAGAAUGCAGACUUACAAUCUCGAGGAACUGUAACCUAA